AUGUAAAAUAAUAAUAGAAAGCAAAAUGGUUAAGGAAGGAAUAACAACAACUACAAAAAGAAAAACUAAGGGCCAUAACACUAAUAAUAGUAAUAGUAAACUUAAUAUCAAUCUCCUUAAUAUUAAUAAUAGCAACCAUAAUCAAAAAGAAAUACAUAGGGAAGAGAAUUUAGAAGAAUAAAAGAGGAGAGAAAAGAAAGAGAAAGGUUAAGACAAUUCGAAUAAUAAAAGCAGGAGGAAUUUUUUAAUUGGUUCUCAUCAAUCUCACUAUAUAAUGAAACAAUUCACUCAAUUAUUCAAUAAUUUUAAAGUGUAGACAAUCUAGAGGAAGCAUUUUUCAAAUUAAGAAUAAAUGCAAAUUAAUGUGAAUCUUACAUUACUCUUUUGAGGAUGUUAGGAGAUGCAAGAUUAGACAACUAUAUAAAUAUGAUUCUUAGAAGCUAAAGCUUUAAUACUCAGAUUACAGAGAGAUGCACUUUACUUUUAAUUUAUUAGAACUCAAUAUAGUACAUGAAUUAAGAAUUGGAAAUAAUGUACAAAUUAUUUUCGACUUUGAAACUCAAUGAUUACAUGACUCUAAAGCAAUCCAGUAUCUCUAGUUUAUACAAUCUACUUAAAAUAAUAGAAUUAUACAACCCACAGCUUCAAAAGUAAGCUGCCAAAAUAAUGACUGAUUUUGAUAAUUUCUUAAAAUAAAUAUAUAAUAGUGCUAAAGUGUUAGAAUGGAGGGAAAUUCCUAUUUAUCCUGUAGCCUUAGAAUUUUUCUCAUACAAUAAAAAACCUAAUUAGUUGUUUGGAAAAUUGGAAAUUCUUCCAAAAGAAAAUAUUACUUUUGACAGAUACAUCGAUUAUCAUUUUAACCUAAUCAGAGAGGAUUACAUUUUGGAGUUAAGAGAUGCAAUUAUUAGUGUAAACGAAUCUGGAUUUGAAUUUGUUGAUAAGGAAAAAACAAGUAACAUAGGAUUGUAUUAAAAUAUUGAAUUACUAUCAGCUGGAAUGAGUAAUAGUGACUUAAGUUGGAAGAUUUAAGUUGAGCAAUUCACUAUGGAUGGUAGAAAAUAGAAGUAAAUUAAUUGGGAUAAAACAAAAAAGCUAUCCUCUGGGUCAUUAAUUUGCUUAACUAAUAUAGAGUGUUUUCCAUUAAUAUUUGGAGUCAUAACAAGAAGAGAUGAAAGAUAAUUUUAAUAUAAAAAAAAUGGAAAAAUACAAUUAGAAUUUAAAUUUCUAGAUCCAAAUGCAUCGAUCAUGCAAUUAUUGAAUUUGUUUUCUUAAAAAACAAUAUUAAUGUAAUAUGAAGGAUUGGUCGAACCAAUACUCUACUACUUAGAAGCUUUGAAAUAAAAAGUGAGCAUACCUUUUUAAAGUAUUAUCAUCGAAAAUUAAAAAGCAGUAGGUUUCCCUCAAUAUUUAAAUAAAAAUUGUUAUUUUGAUAUUGAUCUCUCAUAUGGUAAACAAUAUUAAGGGGUUAAAUUUAAUAUAUUUUAAUAGCCAUGGCCAUAAUUAAAUACUUCAUUGGAUGCAUCUUAACUAAAUGCAGUUAAAUUAAUGCUUUAGAAAGAAGUGGCUUUAAUUUAAGGGCCUCCAGGAACUGGGAAAACUUAUUGUGGAGCUCUUGCUGUAAGAAUGUUAUAUUAGAAUCUACAGAAAAAUGAUUUUCCUAUUUUAAUAGUUUGUUUUACAAAUCAUGCUUUGGAUUAAUUUCUUGAACAUAUUUUAAAUUUUGUUCCAAUUGACUAAGUGGCAAGAUUGGGAGGAGCUUCCAAAAACCCUUUAUUAAAAGAAUGUCAAAUUAGAUGUAGACAGAAAGUAGAGUUUGAGUUUAAAGAUUUCAAUAAGUUGAAAAAGGACAUAAGCAAAAUAAUUUAAAGAAUGCUAAAUUAUGAUUAUAAAAUUAAGCCAUAAGACAUAUAAAAAUAUUGGAAGGAGCUAUACGAUUCCAUAAUCUCAAACUUUUUAGAUGAUAAUGAAUUAAAUGAAGAUUAUUUGUUUGAGGAUGGAAAAGAAACUUUGGUGAAAUAUUGGAUUAAUUAAUAAAAACCAGAAGAAAAUAAAAUUGUAAGAGGGUAUUUGAAUGGAAUGCAUAAAUAUUUCAGAAUGGACCAAUAUUAUGAGGAUGCUUAAUAAUUUGAAAACUUACAAAAAACUCCUGGUUUAAUAUAAUAGCAGCAUGAUGAUUCUGAUGAUGAUUUAGAUGAAUAUUUAGAUUCAGAGGAUGAAGCAGUUUAUAAUAAUAAUUACAAGGAAAUGAAGUUUGAUUCUCUUGGUAUAGAUUCGGCUAUUCAAAAAUUUAAUGAAAAUCAUUAAAAUUAAAAUCUCUUGCAUUAUUAAUAUUAGACUAUAGAGAAAAUAAAAGGCUAUCUAAACACACAAGGUAGUAAUCCUUGGUUUUUAAGUCCUGUUGAUAUCAGGGAGAUCAUAAUUUAUUGUGAAUGCCUUAAAUAUUAGAAUGAUAGUCUUAAAUUUGGAAAUUUAUAUAAAGAAUUUGUCGAGUAAUCUAAUAAACUGAAAGACUUAUAUGAUGAAAAGGAAAUUCAAAUAUUGAAUAGUAUGAAGAUUGUUGGUGCAACUGUCACUGGUGUAGCCAAAUAAACAAAUAAACUGUAAAGGUUAAAUUCAAAGAUUAUGGUGAUAGAGGAGGCUGCAGAAGUUUUGGAGUCUCAUGUUGCAAGUAUUUUGACUUCAAAUUUGCAACACUUAAUUUUAAUAGGAGAUCAUUAAUAAUUAAAACCGUCGAUAAAAAAUUACUUUUUAUAAGAGAAAUUAAAAGCAAAUGUUUCACUAUUUGAAAGAUUAUUUUUAAAUCAAAUACCAAGUGUUACUUUGACCUCAUAAAGAAGAAUGAAAACUAAGUUUGCCGAUUUCAUACGUAUAAUCUAUGGUGACCUAUAUUAGGAUCAUUAUGAUAUUUAAAAAUAAAAUGAAAUUCAAAUAGUAGGUUUAGAGAAAGAUCUAGUCUUUUUUAAUCAUAAAUGGCUUGAGGCCUAACAUGAGAAUUCAAAAGAGAAUAAAUAAGAGGCUUCAAUGAUUUUUGAAAUGGUGCAGUACCUUUUAAAAUGUGGUUAUAAAGAAACUUAAAUUAGUGUAUUAACAUUAUAUUUGAAACAGGCCUAAGUUAUAAAAAGAAAGUUCUAUAAUGCAAAUUAACCCAAAGUCAAAGUAUAAACAGUAGAUAAUUAUUAAGGAGAAGAAAAUGACAUUGUGAUAAUAUCUUUAGUGAGAAACAACAAUAAAAAUAACUUGGGAUAUAUAAAAAUAGAUAAUAGAAUUAAUGUUGCAUUAUCAAGAGCUAGACUUGGUUUGUAUGUGUUUGGAAACUUUGAUUUUAUCUUCAAUUCUUCAGCUAUUGGUAGUGCAUGGUAAAAAAUAAUACUAUUGGCUAAAGCUAAGAAUUGUUUGAAUGAUUACAUAAACACAAAAUGUAUACCUCAUGGAAACUUGCAAAUAGUUAAAUAACCAGAUGAUUGGAUUAAAAUUAAACCAAAGCUAUGUAAUAAAAAAUGCUUAAAGACAUUUGCCAAUUGUAAUCAUUUGUGUAAUAAGGAUUGUCACAUUAGUGAUUGUCAUCCAGCAUAAUCCUGCUCAUUUUAAUGUGAUCGAAUAAUCGAUUGUGGACAUAAGUGUAAGUUGUUCUGUCGAGAUAAGUGUAAAUGCAAUGAAAUUGUUGAUUUAAAUUUACCUUGCAAUCAUAAAAUAAGGGCACUUUGUGGUACAGAUCCUUUAAGUUAGAAAUGUCAUGAAAAGCAAGAAAUCUCAUUUUCUAAAUGUAAUCACAAAUCAGAAUUUCUUUGUUAUCAAAGGGAAAAAUAUAUAUAUAAAUGUUAAUCAAUAUGUUAAAAGAAACUACCAUGUGGUCAUAUUUGUGAUAAAUUGUGUUCUGUUGAUUGCGGAUUUUGUGUAAAUAAAUGCCAAAAGCCACUCCCAUGUGGACAUGAGAAUAAAUGCUAAAAUUUAUGUUUUUAAAAUUGUUCACCUUGUGAAGUUUCAGUAUUAACUAAUUUGAAGUGCGGACAUACCGCGGAGUUUUCUUGUUCUUAAUAAAAGCAAUAAAUAUUAACUCAUCUUUGCUAAUAGCCAUGUAAUAAAAAGAGAUUGUGUGGUCAUUAUGAUUAGGUUUGUAAAAAUAAAUGCAAUGAAUAAUGCUCCCCUUGUCAAAAGUUGGUUCAAAGAACAUUAUCAUGCGGACAUAAGAUAGAUGUGAGAUGUCAUGAUGCUGAUUAUAUAGUUUAAAAUACCAAUUGUGUAAAGCAAUGUGAAAAACCAAGAAAAUGUGGACAUGACUCAGCCUGCAAGAGUUACUGUUAUCAACCUUGUUCUCCCUGUUUAUUUAUGAUUAAAAAAAAACUCGGCUGUGGACAUACAAUAGAUGUAGAAUGUUAUAAAGAAAAUUAAUAACAUUAAUGUUAAGAAAAGUGUGAAAAAAAAAGGGCAUGUAAACAUGAUUAAAAAUGCAAAAAUUUAUGUUUUGAAGUCUGUUCCCCUUGUGAAGAAAUUAUUAGUCACACUUUCAAAUGUGGCCAUACUCUUAAAUUUCAAUGUCAUUCAUCUCAAGAGUCAAUUAGUAACUUCAGUUGUAAUGAACCAUGCAUAUUAAAAAGAAAGUGCGGCCAUACUGACCCUUGCUUAGCUAAAUGUUAUUAAAAUUAAUGCUCUCCUUGUUAAGAAAUGGUGAUAAAAUAACUUGAUUGUGGACAUAAAAUUUAAAUUAAGUGUUUUGAAUAUAAUCAAAAGUAACAAUGUUUAAAUCCUUGCAAUAAAAUUCGAGAAUGUGGUCACAUCUAUCCAUGUAAGAAAAUAUGCUAUGAAAAAUGCGAUCCAUGCUUAUAGGAUGUUCUUAAAUCUUUGAAUUGUGGUCAUCACCAUCUGAUUAAAUGCAAUGUAUUUGAUUAGCCUAUUGUUUGUAAAGAAGAGUGCAUAAAAACUAGGUAAUGUGGACAUUAGUAUCCAUGCACCAAUCCGUGUUUUUAAGAAUGUACACCCUGUAGAUAGAUAAUCCAACUUAAAUUAAACUGUGGACAUGUGAUUGAUAUUGAAUGUUCUCAUUCUAUACUUGCGUAAUCAAAUUAUAUUUGCAAACUAUAAUGUAUCAGACGUAGAGCUUGCGGUCAUAAUUUUCCUUGUUUUAACAUGUGUUUCAAAAAAGAUGAAUGCACUCCUUGUCAAUUUUAGACUAAUAAGGCUUUGGAUUGCGGUCAUUAAUUACAAAUACCUUGCUUUUAAUAAAAUCAAAAAAUUAAAGCCUUAUGUGAUCAACCUUGUAAUAAAGCAAGACCUUGUGGUCAUAAAGUAAUAUGCUUAAAGAAAUGUUAUGAGCCUUGUACUCCAUGUAAUGAAAAAUGUGAGAUUAAUUUACCAUGUGGUCAUCUCCGAUUCAUUGAUUGUUACUAAAAAAUGGAUUUAAACUUCUUGAAGGAGCUUAAAUGCAUGUUCCCUUGCAAAAAAAAACCUCAAUGUGGUCACAAUUAAAUUUGCUCAAAAAAGUGUUAUUAAUAAUGUGAUCCUUGUCAAACAGAAGUUAGAUUACUUCUACGUUGUGGCCAUCUUUAGAAAGCUAUAUGCUCUGAAAAUCCAGCUAACAUCGAAUGUACUUAAAAUUGUAAAUUGAUGCUGCCAUGUGGCCAUCCUUGUAAAUCAUAAUGUGGAAAACCAUGUUCUAAAUGUGAAGAACCUUUUCUCAAAAUAUUCCCAGCAUGUCAUCAUUAAAGAGUCGUCAAAUGCUAUGAGUAAACAUAGCAGUUGGUUUGCAUCCAGUAGGUGCCGUUUAUCUAUGCUUGUAAAAAACAUACAAUUUAACUACCAUGUUUCCACGCAACAUAAUUAUAACCGAAGUGCGAGAAAUGCAAGGAUUGCAUAAUUUUCUGA